CAGUGCGCACUAGUUCGUCGCGAAGUAGCGUAUGAAAUUGAUAACAACACCAUCAUAAGCUACACACUGCAUGCACAAUGUCCUUCAUCGUAUUACUAUAUAUACCUGUUGUUACCUUCGUCGAUUGACAGCUGAGAAAUGGAUUUAUGAACGUGUUGUCGUGACUUUGUUUUUAGUGUCCUUUUCGUAGCCUCCGGAUUGGAGGGGAUCUACAGAAUAAUACCUACCAGGUAUACACACAUCACCCUGCACCUGCAGGUAUAGAAAGAAAGUGUAAAAUACUGUACCUCCAAGAGUUGUCAAGAGUGUAGAUGUAAAUAGUCGUGUUGUAUUCAGGUACAAUACAAAGGAGACGAGAGAGACGCAGUUGGAGAGUGAUUGUGUUGUGGGUGCGAGGGGGAGGAGCAAGAGAGUGCACACACGCGAGAUAAGAGAGUGUUUUCAGCCUCGAUGCACCCAUAGUCCACGUAGGUGUCAUUGUUAAUCAGAUAAUAAACAAACAUACCUAUACCACCACAAGCAGCGCAAAACCGAGCGACUGCCAGCAGGGCGUUCGUGGCCGUAGUAUGUUCGAGGAGGAAAAGGGCGCCGCCGGCGACAAACGGAGUUGUAGCAGCACCGAGCCCGACGACUCCUCACCGAAGGCUCGACGCCAACAUCUCCAGCUGCAGACACGUCCUCGUCAAUUGACUCUUUAAACAAACAUUACAGCAGCAGAAGGCAGAACUGCGCCCGGCCUCUGUCUGCCUGUCUGACUGCCUCUCUCGCGUUUACUGUCACCCACAGCUCAAGGACCCUCUUGAUUGGGCUCAUCUGUAUCCCGGAGAGGCAUAAUUGUUGUUCGUGCAUCCUACAAUACCCAUACCUCUCCAAGGAGACACUCAACCUCUUGAGUGUUACUUUUUUUUUUUUCCUCUCGCUCCACAAAAUAUAGGUUAGAAUCGUGCGAUAGAGAGACCGUGUACCGCGCUGUACAAAUCAAAUCAAGUUAUUCGCGACUUGAAUGUUAUCGAGUCCGCUGAGGGGGUGAGUUGUCGUGCCGGUGGCUGACCUUGACGUACUGCUUCGUGUCGCUGGUCGAUUCAUGCCAGACGGUCCGCGAAGAAGAAGAAGAAUAAGCAUCAUUCACGCGUGACUGCUGGAUUUACGUGUGUUAUUUAUUGCGUGUGUGUACAGUUUGCAGACGACGGGGGAACUCCAAAAUUUAAUACGUAAACAUAUAGGACAUAUACACAGUUUGUACAUAAUAUACACAAGGCAGUCAGGAUGACGGCGAUGUUGGUCUUCGUCGCGGAGCUCUCCUCCAACAUAUUCUACGUCCUCGCGGUUCUCGUCGUCUUCUGUCUCAUCUUCCUCUUCAUUAUGAAGAACAUGAUGGUGCUGCGAGUCCACGGGGACGACUUGAUGUUCGGCAGCACGGGGGGCGUGAUGGCCCACGCGCCGCGCAUACCGCAGAUGAAAAUGAUGAAGGUCCACAUACCCUUCACCUUCAAACUACACGAGAGCUUCAAAAGUACCUAUGCUGAGGUAGAGUGCGAGGUCUCGAGCCAAGUGGAGUACUCGUUGCAGGCGAUAUGGGGCGUGAGCAUCCGCGAGCUCCACCUCGCGCUGUGGAAGCCCUGGAGCGCGCUGAGGGACGCAUCGCUCAACGGGACCCUCCUACAAGGCCACGCGCAAUACUUCACUGCGGCACAAGCUAGACAACCGCACACCGAGGAGACGCUGAGACUUUCGUUGCCGGCUCCCGAACUCGAGCUCGGCACCCCGCCCCGGCUCUGCUACCCGCUCGUCAUUUUCUUGACGCGCAGGGACACCAGGGAAUUGCAUCCAGACGAAACGGUCGCGCUGGUGAAUGUCGUACACAUAAAGGACAGCGUCUGCACGCUACCGACCUCGAUUCUCGCCCAGUACCUCAAACAGGCCAACGGCCAGCUGUCCUGUCUCAAGCAACUGUACCUGGCGACGGGCAAUUCGACAAACUACGACGACACAGGCGUGUCGGCGGGCCUGGGUCCGGCCCUUGCUCUGGCAGAGCCGUGCCCGAGCAACGGCACCAACUCCCGGGACGCCCUGGUGGCUUCGGGUGCCGGCGACGCCGACGCCGGCUCCCUCUGGAACAGCGCCGGUGAACAACUGUGCGUCGUCUGCCAGUACUUCCCGCUGUCGCGAGCCCUCCUGCCGUGCCGGCACACCUGCAUCUGCGCCUCGUGCUUCGGCAAACUGGAGCGCUGCCCCAUGUGCCGGAGCCCCAUCAAGAGCUACUUUUGCAUCAGGAGCGAGGAGUACAUGCCCCCCGAGAAGGAGCUCAACCCGUGCAAGCAGCGCCCCCGCGCCCAACACGGCCCGUCCCACUGGCUCCACGACUGGAACGACCGGCUCACCGACUUUCUCGGCUUUACCCGGUAGACCCCCCCCUCUUCAAAACCAACCCCCCCCUCUCUCUCUCUCUCUGUCUUGAACUCGAAUUACUUUAACGAGAGAUUAAAAAUUAUGUACCACACCUCUCGAGAUUUUCUCCGUUACCUGCGCUUUAUCAACGAGUCCGUAAAAAUACAACAUCUUUUGUGUCAUUCGAUGCUCAUUGAAAUAUUGUCUUUUAAUCCGAGCCGUUGUAAUAGGAGUACUUACUUAUCUGUCAAACCCGCUUGGUAUUAUUAUUAUUAUUAUUAUUACUACUAUUGUCAUCUCGAGUUUAAAUUGGCAAUAAAGAGACAAACUCGUAUUUUGUGCUCGAGGAGUAUUGUUUUUUUUUUAUAAGAUAGAAAAGCUUUCGUCGAGUCAAUGAAACUCGAGAUAGAAGUCGUGGAACUUUUGCCGUAAAUCAGCAAGUUGUUAUUCAAGCAGUUGGAAAAAAUAUUCAUGUCGGUCAUUGGAGCUCUGACGUUGCGAAAUAAUGCGAUUGUGCGAUAAUACAAUUUUAUGAUUUCAUACAUUCGUCGUCCGUCUGUGAAUCCACGAUUGUCGCGCGUUUGAUUUCCUUUCGAAUAAAUUGUGACUUUUAUCAAUUUUUUUUUUUUUUAUUUCGGUAUCGUCGUUGUCAUUGCGCUCGCCAGUAACUCUUUUGUCAGGAUAUUCAAGGUUUUUUUUUUUCAUUUUUUUUCUGUUCAAUGUGUAAACGAUGACCGUCUGAUAGAAAUGAUUUUUUUUAUUAUUGAAUGAAAAAGUUUUUAUACUCACAUUAAGAUUUACCAUCGCAAAAUAGUGCGUAUGCGAAUGAAUGUUGGCAAGCAACGAGCACACUUUUUUGUCAUGAUUUUUAAAUUUGUGAUUUUAUUCCUUGAUAGCGAUUUUUGACUAUAAAAAAGGAAAAUUGUACUAUGCAGAAAAACGACUUGGAAUAAUUAUACAAGUCUGUUGUUUGUCUUGCAGAAAUAAAUGUUAAACCAGAUGUGCACACUGCGAGUUAUUAGAGCACGUGCGUUAAUUUGUCUUCUAGGUGUCAAAUUCAUGUUUCCCAAUCGGUGUAUUGCUCCUUUGAAGACGGCGAUUUUAUUUUUAGUCGUACGAUAGUAUUCUUGAAUUGUUCUUCUUUUUAAUAACUAAAUUAUUAAUUAAAACAUUGCAUCCUCUGUUUUUUAACUCGUCAACUCAUUUUAUUUUUUAUUCCGCGUACUUCGGAUCGUCAUCAUUUUUAAGAGAUUAUGUUGCAUUUAAGAAUUAAGAGGGACGUAUUUAUUAACUAACAGGUUACAAGAGGCCACUAUUUAAUGUUUGUGUCUUAAUAUAUUGUUAAAAUGAAGAAAAUAUAAGUUAUAAAACAAAAAAUGAAAUUAAUUGGAAGUUUACUAAAGAUUGAGGGCUAGGACCAAGAGAGAGAGAGAGAGAGAGAGAGAGAAAAACUAUAAAAUCAUCUCGUGCAUUUUUUUCCAACUAUAAAUUAAAAUGAUGCAAAUGCAGCUUUCGUUGCGUGUACUUUCUUAUAAGGUAUUUUUAUUAUUCCAAGACAUAUCUUGAAAAUAUACUAUGCUUAUAAAGUUACUCUUUGACUUUUACUAGUUUCUUGUUCUUUGAUCUCGUUGAUUAUGAGAACGUAGAGAUUUAAGUCUUUGGAACGGAAAAACAAAAAAAAACAAAAAAACAAAAAAAUGAAAAACGAUUAUUAAUUAACUUAGAAUGAAAUUUAAGAAAAGAGAGGAAAUUAAGGAUAAGUUGUAAAUAUACAGUCUGUGAUAAUCCUGAAAAUAUCUGUAAAGUUGUGGAUUGUGUGCUCGGAUGGAGGAUACAGUCUGAUCGAAUGAUAACGUUAAUCAUAAUGUAUUUAACGCGCGGGUGGUAACUUAACGAAUGAAGGAAAAAAAGGGAUGCAAAUUUUUGCACUGAGAAAUCAGAUGGAAUAGAAUGUCAACUAAUUAACUAGCCUUAUUUGUAAUCUCCAGUAAUGUUUGUAAAGUUUUAUUACUUGAGUAGCAAUGUGAAUGCCACGGUAAUUUGGCAAAAUGUAUAUAAUUAUACACCCAACGUAGCAGUUAAGGCCUAUGAAGUCAAUGUAUUUUGAAUUCAAUUACCAAUUUAUUAAUUUGUAUAGUAUGCAUUGUAAUCCAAUGAUGCGAAAACAAUACCCGUAUGCAAGGACUUGUAAAUAAUUUAUUUAAUAAAGA